AUGGAAGACGUGUUAUCCCGGGCCUGGGCGCAAGUGAAGUGGGAAGAAGACGUCGCUAGCCGCUCUAAGGCCCAGCCGAAGCAGAACCAAAACUCGGCCCGAUCGGAUCAUGGCAAUCGGGAUGAAAGAUCCUCCCAAAGAGCGACCAAGGACUCCGGGAACAGAAACCUGGGCAGGUUCCAGUACCGACCCCUGGAAAAGGAAGAAGGAAUGUCGGUAUCCACUUGGCCCGACAUUUCCCAUCUCUCGAUAUCCACACCGGAGCUAGUCAAUGUCUUGAGGCAGAUGGGCCAACAGGUCAAGUGGCCUCAAAAGAUGAAGGCACCUGACUCGUUCCGGAACCCUGGCCUCUGGUGCGACUUCCAUCGCGACAACGGUCACAAAACUGAAGACUGUGUCGCUCUAAGGAUCGAGGUCAAUGAACUACUCCAAAAGGGGCAUCUCUGGGAAUUCCUCUCAGAAAAAGCCAAGAACCAUCUAAAUAAAGAGGUGCCGGCGAAAUCCUUUGGAGCUAUACCCGCCUUACCACCUCGCCAGGACCGAGUGAUCCAUGUCAUAUCCGGAGGUUCGGAGAUAAGCUGUGUGAGUCAUGCAGCUGCCAAGAAAAGCACCCGCAACACCAAGCACGGCCUGGAGACGACCAAACCAAAGCACUUGCUCCUAGGUACCGGCGAAAUAAGCUUCACGGCUAAGGAGCAAGAGAAGAUCUUGGCUCCCCACCACGUUGCCCUGGUCAUCUCGCUCACCGUAGCAAACUGCUUGGUAAAAAUAAUACUAGUGGACAAUGGUAGCUCCAGCAACAUCAUCUUCCAGACUGCUUACCAGGACCUAGGGCUGGAGGAGAGCGCUCUGACGCGCAAAAUAACUCCACUCAUCGGAUUCAGCGGCAAAGUUAAGCAAACAGCUGGAGAGGUCACUCUCCCAGUGUACGCUGAAGGGAUCAACAUGUCUACCAAGUUCCUGGUCGUCGACAGUCAAUCAGCAUACAACAUGAUCCUAGGAAGACCCUGGAUUCACGACAUGGGAGCAGUCCCUUCAACCCUUCAUCAAAUGGUGAAAUUCCCUACACCCUGGGGCAUCAGAAUAAUAAAAGGAGAUCAGGAGAAUUCUCGAUCCUGCUACCAGACCACCUUAAAGGGAAAGACCAAGGUCUUAUAA